AUGACCAGAAAAAAGGUGAAAUUGGCAUUCAUAGCCAAUGAGUCAGCAAGGAAGGCAACAUACAAGAAACGGAAGAAGGGUUUGGUGAAAAAGAUUGAUGAACUAAGCACUCUUUGUGGCAUUGAAGCAUGUGCUGUGAUUUAUGGGCCCUAUGAUCCUGAACCUGAGGUUUGGCCAUCCUCUUGGGGGGUCCAAAGGGUGUUGGCAAAGUUCAGGACCAUGCCUGAAUUGGAGCAAAGCAAGAAGAUGGUGAACCAAGAGAGUUUCUUGAACCAAAGGAUCAUGAAGGGUAAGGAACAAAUGAAGAAACAAGUGAAAGAUAAUAGGGAGAAGGAGAUGGCCAUGCUCAUGUUUCAAUGCCUUAGUGCAGGGAUGGUGAUGCUUAAUAACAUGACCAUGAUUGAUUUGAAUGAUCUUACAUGGUUGAUUGAUAAGAACUUGAGGGACAUUGGUAGAAGGUUGGAAACAACUAUGAAUGUUCAAGAAAUGACACCAUACCAACCUCAAAUGGCAACACCAACAUUGGAAGUGGCUAAGAAUGAAGAAAUGGCAUUGAUGGAUCAUGGUCAUGGGAAUGCUUAUCCUAUUCAUAUGCAAAGGAAUUGGUUUAUGAAUUUGCUCAAUGGUAACAAUGGGAAUGAGACAACAAUGCCUCAAUUUGGAGAUGCUAAUAUCCAAAGUGGCUUUUGGCCUAACCUUUUACCUUGA